UUCGUGCUGCCUAAAUUACAUUUGUAAGAUGGAAUAUUGUCUUACCUGAUAUAUACAUAUUAUGUACUUUACGAAUAUGGUGUACUGUGUUCAUCAGACCUCAAAUUUCCUGUGUUAUUCAAUUCUGUGAAAUAAGGGGGCGGGACGAAGGAACUGAAAACAACUUGACGUGAAGAGCGCGUAUUUGUCUAGCCGCACCUCUCGAUAGUAGGGCGGGGAAUCAGUUGUUUGGUCAUGGUAAGGGCGAAAAGUUACACAAGCGAACACAGGGUUUUGUAAUAUAAGCAUAUGAGAUUGACUCUGUCAUACCAAAGGUGUCAGGUCUUUCUGGGUUGCAAUAUGCUUUCCCAGACAUCUUGAAAUAACCUGUAAUCGAGCCAGACUGGACAGCAAUUGUGUCCUCUUUUAUUCAAACGCGUCAAAUACGGGUCCAUCAUCUAAAAUAAGGGGAUUCAAUUAUAGUCUCUCAGUGGAUUAAAUGAUAUGCAAGAGAUAACAAGAUCAACACAUUCAUUUUAUCAUCUCUGGUGAAAAGGUAGUGGUCUCCUUUGCUUUUUCCAAGUUUAAGAAGCGCGCGACUUUUUGAAGCUCGGAUUCACCCGCGUAUUUGGAGACAUUGACUUGGAACUAAGAAAACAUGGAACUGCCUUCGGUCAUCUUGACGACGGGAAGCUCGGUCUGCUUCUUUAAACUAGUUAACUGUGGAAUUAGUAAACUCUCUAUGCCAGAGAGUGCAUGUAGGAACGCGUGGAAAUGGAGAAACAUCUCCACGUCUUUCGUCCAUAGUCUCAUAACAGGGAUCUGGGCUGUGCUUUGCUUUUACUUGCACCCGCGGAUGGCAGAAGAUUUAAUUGCAACCUAUUCCGUCUUCUCUCAUGCUCUGGUAUCUGUAUCAAUUGGUUACUUCAUCUAUGACUUCCUUGACAUGGUCCUCAACCAAAAACUUAGCCAGUCAUGGGAGCUCCUUUUCCAUCACUGUGUGGUAAUCACCUGUUUUGGGAUUGCGGUGUUCAGCUGCCGUUACGUGGGCUUUGCGGUGGUGGCCCUGCUGGUGGAGAUCAACUCCGUCUUCCUCCACCUGCGUCAGUCGCUGCGCAUGGCCAGCCUGGCCCAGACCACCGUCUACCGGGUCAACAGCAUGCUCAACCUGGGCACCUACAUGGUCUUCCGCAUCGCCACGCUGGCGUGGAUGACCCGCUGGCUGGUGCUCAACCGCGACAAAGUGCCCCUCGUCAGCUACACGGUGGGCAGCGUGGGCAUGGCCAUCAUGACGGCCAUGAACAUCGUACUCUUCUACCGCCUCUUGCAAAGCGACUUCCUCAAAAGCAGCCGCGAGGGCAAGAAGAAGGAGAAGUAGGCGGGUGUAUGGGUGGGGGGGGGGGGGGGCCAAACAAAUCAUCCCUCCCGCCCACGCAUCUACCUCCCAUUCCAGUCCUGCAGGGACCCUAAACACUUACAUGACAGAUGACUAGUGAUCUAGACGGUUUGAAGCCUUUCCCAAAUCGUGUGUCUUUUU